AUGUUAUGGAUCACUGCGUCACAGGAUUUCAAAACGCAAAGGCUACAAGACGCCAUUGGGAAGGAACUAGGUUUGGGCAUACUACAAGAAGAGGAUGUGAGGAAACGAGCAGCAAUGUUGUAUGAUUGUUUAACGAAAAGAGGCAAAUCUACAAUAAUCCUCGAUGAUGUGUGGGAACGGUUUGAUCUUAAAGAGGUGGGAAUCCCAGAUGGAAUUAAGUUGGUCUUAACCACUCGAUCCUUCGAGGUAUGCCGCCAGAUGCAAUGUCAAGAAAUGAUAAAAGUAGAACCUCUAUCUCAUACAGAAGCUGAGAGUUUAUUUUUGGAGGAGCUUGGAUCCGAAGUGGCCCUUGAUUCAAAAACUAGAACGGUUGUAGAGUCCAUUGUUCAAGAAUGUGCAGGAUUGCCACUUGCAAUCAUCACAAUGGCAAGAAGCAUGCGAGGAGUGACCGAUGUGUAUGAAUGGAAUGAAUGCUUGGAGAAAUUGAGAGAAUCAGAUAUGGGGCAAACAGAUAUGGAAAAGGUGGUCUUAAAGAAACUAGGAUUCAGUUACAAUCGCCUUGGUAAUCAUGAAAUCCAACAGUGUUUUCUAUCUUGUGCACUUUAUCCAGAAGAUGAACGGAUUGAUAAGUUCGAGUUGAUAGAAUUCUUUAUUGACCAAGGAUUGAUUUGUCGAUUGAAUACAAGGGAGAAACAAUAUGUCAGAGGCCUCACCAUACUAAACAAACUGGCAAAUGUUUGCCUAUUGGAAGUUCAUGGGAGCACGAUGAAGAUGCACGAUUUGAUUAGAGACAUGGCAUUGCACAUCAUGAGUGUGACUUCAAUUGUAAAAGCAAGAAAGGGGUUGCGAAGGAUACCAUCCGAAGAAUAUUGGACGAAUGCUUUUAAGAAGAUAAAUAACCUUCACUAUUACAAUCUCAAGGUGGGUCAACAAGAAUUCAAGGAUUUUGAUCAAGUAUUGAGAGCAAUCAAUUGCGACGGUACAACAAAUUUGUCUGACGUGAGUCUGCUUGAAAACCUUGAGAAGCUAAUAAUAGUCAAAUGGAAAAACUUGCGAGUGCUCAGUGGAGGACAAGAUCAAGAAAUAAUCGACAUCUGUGACUCUCGUGCCCUAGCCCCAACCCCUCUCCUCUUCCCAAGCCUUAGGGUUUUGAUAAUAAGGAAAUGUCCAAAACUGAAGUAUCUCUUUGGGCACGGGCCUAAAUUCUACCUUCCACAUUUACGAGAGAUUGCAAUACAUGACUGUGAGGAAAUGGUGGGGAUAACAUCGCCACCACCGCAACUGGCCCCAGACCUUCCUAGUCUAGAAGAGAUAUAUGUUUGGAGGUGUGAUAAAAUGAAGAGAGUGGUGGAAUCUGAGUGGCUGCCCCACUUCCCUAAUCCGCGAUAUAUCAAUUUACUCUAUUGUGAGAACAUGGAGGAGAUUAUCAGAGGUCCUCCCCCAUACAUGCCAGUUGAAGAGAUUUCUUUGGGACGGCUUUCGGUAGAAAAGUGCUAUAACAUGAGAAAGUUGUUUUCCCAUGAGUGGCUGCUCCAUCUUCAAAAUCUUCAAAAUAUCAGUGCCAUAGGCUGCAAAGGAAUGGUGGAGAUGAUAAGCGGCGUGGGACAAGACCAAGAAGGAAGCAUAACGACUCCUGUAAACAACAUCCCUCCAUCCUCUUGGUCUUCAAUUUCUCUCCCAAAGCUGAAGCGUUUGUGGCUAUGCAAUCUACCCCGGCUGAAGAGCAUAUGCGAAGUCCCAAUAACUUGCGAUUCCAUGGAACAUUUGAAGGUGAUCAAAUGCCCAGAGUUGAACAGGAUCCCUUUGCAACUGCGAUUCCUUGAUAUUGAGGACCUUCCAUUUAUUGAGGUGGAAGGAUCGUCCGCCAAGAAGAAGUUCCCAUAUGAAUUACUUUUCUUCACAUCUUGUACCGGCGGAGUCCUUUACGGGGCAGUGGAACUUGGAGAUGUCGGGCGGGCAGGGCUGAACCUGGGCAAAGGAGUGCGGGCAGUAGGUGCUGAAGAUGAUUUUCGGAGAUUCGUGUACAUUGUUGAAGGAUCUGCUGCCGUCGAGUCAGUAGAUGAGAAAACUCCUGUUGCUUCAUCAACCAUUCCUUCUAUCAUAUCUUGA